GGGAGAGGAUGGUACAAAGCCCGGCGCGGCGGCUGGCAGGCAGCGGCCGCUUCUGUUCCCCGGCGCCCUGCGGGAGGUCAUUGCACAAGAGGGGCUGGAGCCAGGGCUCUUCGCAGGCAGCGGUUCCCGGUGCAUGGGGGACAAAGCGACAGCUGCUGCUACCGCUGCCUGCUGCUGCGUGGGGGCGGCCCCGCCUACCUCUGCCCCCAGCUGCGUGUGGUGAGGAGGAGGAUGACGACCCCGGCCCAGGGUGUCUCACGCCUCUUCUGAGCCCCUGAGCCGUUUGCUCCCGGCCGCCCGUGGCAUUUUGGAUGCUUUUUGCAGCGGCCGCCGCCCCGCGCCCGCAGCGCCAUGCACACCGUGCAGAAGGACACUACCUUCACCAAGAUCUUCGUCGGGGGGCUGCCCUACCACACCACCGACUCCUCCCUGAGGAAGUACUUCGAGGUGUUCGGGGACAUCGAGGAAGCGGUGGUGAUCACCGACCGGCAGACGGGCAAAUCCCGGGGAUAUGGUUUUGUGACCAUGGCAGACAGAGCUGCAGCUGAGAGAGCGUGCAAAGAUCCCAACCCCAUCAUUGAUGGCAGAAAAGCAAAUGUGAACCUGGCAUAUCUGGGAGCAAAACCAAGGAGUAUUCAAACUGGUUUUACUAUAGGUGUGCAGCAGCUACAUCCAGCCUUUAUUCAGCGACCAUAUGGAUGUGGAAGUGAAGAUGUGGAAGAUGAAGAACGGCAUUACUGCUGACCCCUAACUUGCCCGAGUCAGCAGCAGAACUGAGAACAGAGCCCUGGAGUUCUCUGACUGAAUCAUAAGACCGUCCUUCUCUACUUCCUCCAAACCAGUUCAUCCAGUCCUAAACUUCACAGCCAACGCCGAGGCAGCAAAGUGCAAAGUACAAAUAAAACGGGUGCAGCCCAGUUGGAAGCUGGGUGAUGAUGAGAAAACCAGAAAACACCAUGUAAUAUUUAAAUCAAACAGGUCACUCAAAGCCUAUGGACCCUUGCUGAGCUUGAGGGGAAUUCUAGGCUCUUCCAUCUUUCCCUCCUAUGCCCCCCCAAGCUGCAGAAAUGAAGGUUAUUCGCUUGAAACCAGAGGUCUUUGAAAUACUCUCUACCAUCAGCGUCCCAAGAGUGUGAAUGUGCAGAGCGCCUCUCGAAGGAGAACAGGACUUUCUGAGGGGCUAUUACACAGACAUAAACUGAGCUGCAUACAUGUGCCAUGAGGAACAGCAGAAUGGGUUAGGAUUAGGGUGACCAGAUAGCAAGUGUGAAAAAUCGGGACAGGGGAUGGGGGAUAAUAGGUGCCUAUAUAAGAAAAAGCCCCCAAAAUCGGGACUGUCCCUAUAAAAUUGGGACAUCUGGUCACCCUAGUUAGGAUUGACUCUAGAGCACUCAGGCUGUGUCUACGUUGGUCUUUAUUUUCUUAGUUCUCCACCGUUGCAGCAAUUUAUGGGUUCAGUGGUGGGAACACUGGACCAUCCAGGGCCGUUUCUGCUGUUCUAACCACCAUGCUCUGAAAUACUGCUCAAACCAAGUCUAGACAUCCCAGUGGAUGAAAGGGCUAGUGUGGAUACAGCUUGAGGAACGGGUUGCUUGGUAAACAUGCUAUGGCAUUUGUCAUAUAAACCAUCACUGAUGAAAUGAUGAGUUCUUACCACUGACCUGCAGCCUCCGAUGAUGACUUUGCCUCAUUUAUUUGAGUCCUUUUGUAAUCAGCUGUAGCUCUGCUCUUGAGUCUAAUUGGGAGCGGGAUCUGGCCCACACCUUGUAAGCUGUUCCAAAAGGGAAAGACGUCAGUUUUAGCCGCCAUGCACCGUCAUCACACUAUAUGAAUAGCAGUAACAACGUACAACCAUGGCACCCAUAAACCACUCAUCUGCAUGUUCAAACCAGGAGUUUACUGGGGCAGAAGGGAGCUUCUGGACAAAAGAACGGAACUCAGGCACUCAAAUUUCUGUCCUGCAUGUUUGCAAAUGGGCCCUUGGUGGGUGCAACAUGCAAACGUGGAUAGUUGGCAGCUGUGAGGCUGCAAGGCUGGAACAUUUAGUCCAGUGCUUUUCAUUCGUCCAAACUAACCUCUCCCCAUCGCCCUGAGAGCCUCAUUUCAAACAAGAAGCAAACUGGGAAACAUUCAGGUGGGUAUGCAGUGCAUGUGCAGUCAGGAAGUGACUGUCUUCCUGUUAGCACUGGAACAGCCCUUUAAAGUAGCACCGAUCUGCCCCAGCACAAUCCUGGAGAUAAAGCUCAAGGAUGAUUAGUUUGUGCUGCCCUUAUAAAAAAGAAACCCAGACCACCUCCAAUACAUUUUUUUAAUUGUUCUAUUUUUCAACUGCUUGUGUAUCCCUGGCUGUACAGGUUUCAGAGUAACAGCCGUGUUAGUCUGUAUCCGCAAAAAGAAGAACAGGAGUACUCUUGCCAGGAAAGCAGAGGGCUUUUCAUUUUCAGAUGGUUCACACAGCUCGAGCUUUCUUUUUUUAUUAUUAUUUUGUUUGUUCAAGGAUCCAAGAUGAUAGGGGAGGGGAAAGAACUUUUGUCCUUUGCUUAAAAUAAUUCAAAGAGCUUUCCACUGCACAUGCCAGGCGCAAGUAGACAUUUGCAUAACAAAUGAGCCUUCCUCACUUUUUAGCAGGGUAUAGCAGGCAUACUUAACUGACUGUUGCAGCUCCUGCUACAGCUCUGUAUCCAAUCCCAACAUGUCACGUACAGACUUCUCUCCCAUCCUGGCUGCCAGCUCAUUGAUAACUAGGCCUGACUGGAAAAGUUUUUUGUGGGGUUUGAACUUUCACAGCAUUUUACAUUUUUUGCGGGGGAGGGGAGUGGGUUACAUUUUUUUUCAUACUUUAUGUACUCUACGUUUUUAUUAAAAAUGAUAUUAAAAUGUUCAUUUAUGAAAAAAUCCAGUUUGGGAUGAACUAAAAAUUGUAACAACUCUUUCAUUUCUGAUAAAAAUGGUUGCAAAUAUUUUGUGGGGGGAAAAACUGAUGAAUUCUUUUUUAUUUAAACCCCUCCCCCCUAGUGCUGAUGCAAACGGUUAUUAAAAAAAUAUGGACUAGCUCUAUUGUUAAUUGAUGGUAGCAGGAGAGGGUGAAAGCUUUUGUUUUGUUCUGUGGGUAUGUCUACAUUGUAGCCAGAAGAUGUAAUUUCCAGCUCAUGUAGACAUACCUGUGCUAGCUCUGAUUAAGAAAGGGAUAGAUAAAACAGAAAAUAUCCUAAUAUCCUAAUAUCAUAAUCCUUCUAUAUAAAACCAUGAUACACCCACAACUUGACUACUGCAUGCAGUUCUGGUUGCCCCAUCUAAAAAAUGAUAUAUUAGAAUUAAAAAAGGUACAGAGGAGGAUAACAAAAAUGAUUAAGGGUAUAGAACAGCCUCCAUAUGAAGAGAGAUUAAAAAGACUAGGUCUGUUCAGUUUGGAAAAGAGACAACUGAAGGGAGAUAUGAUAGAGGCCAAUAAAAUUAUGAAUGGUGUGGAGAAGGUCAAUAAGCAAGUGUUAUUAACUCCUUCACACAACACAAGAACCAAGGGUCACACAAUGAAAUAAAUAGGCAGAAGGUUUAAAACAAACGUAAGGAAAUACUUCUUCACACAACGCACAGUCAACCUGUGGAACUCAUUGCUUGGGGACUCCAAAACUAUAAUGGAGUUCACAAAAGAAUUAGAUAAAUUCAUGGAAAAUAGGUCCAUCAAUGGCUGUUAGCCAAGAGGGUCAUGGAUGCAACUCCAUGCUCUGGGACUGGACGACAGGGGAUGGAUCACUCCAUGAUUGCCUGUUCUAGUCAUUCCCUCUGAAGCACCUGGCAUUGGCCACUGUCGCGAGAGAGGAUACUGGCAUUGAUCUGACCCAGUAUGGCCAUUCUUAUGUGCUAAAAAUAGCAAUGUUGUGAUGACUGCAUGUGCUGUGGGAUGGGCUAGCUACCCUGAGUACAAUCCUGUCUGAAGGUACAUACACAAGGCAGCUAGCCCCUCCGAUUGCCCACAUAGUCAUAGCCGCACAGCUAUUUUUACUGUGGUUCCUAGCACAAUGGCAUCCUGGGCUAUGACUGGUGCUCAAUAAUAAAGCUAAUCAAGCCCCUAAUAGAUUUACAGAGAGGACUGUUGCUUUUCCUCAAGCCAGCUAAACACCUUUAUUACUUUGAAUGUAUAUAUUUUUUUCCCAGUAAAAAGGAAAAACCAUUUUGCUUUCAUUACUAAAUAGACUCUGCUUAAAUAGCAAGUCCCGGAUUUUUCAGCACAGGGCACGUUUGCCUUCAUUGCAGGUAGUACCAUAUUGGCUCCGUUACUCUGGUCAGCCACUGGAGGGUGGGGCCAAAUUUCUGCACAUUUUGAAUGUGUUCUAUUGGGACUGCGGGCCAAGACAUUCGAGGUAUCAGCUGCUCUUUUUGAGCUGGGCUCUAGGAUUUGCCUGGAAAGGCAGAACAGAAUUGUGUAACUCAUCACCUCCGAUUUCUUCCUACUUUACAACUGCACAGCAGUGUCAGCCCUGUAAGAUCCAGGUCCAAGACCAGAGGUAGAAUUGAACCUCUGAAAUUAUGAGCGGCGGGGCAAUGCUGAGUUUCUCACGCAACCUAGAAGGCCAAUAUUUUCAACCAUGGCACUGGUUUAAAUACUGGACUAGAGCUGGCUGGACCAUUUUUGACGCUGUUUCAUGGAGAGGUACCGAUUUUGAUGACAUUUUCAUCUGCAUGGUUUUUGAGCAAGCCUUUCACUCUCUGGAGCCUGGUGGAUAGGGCGCUAGCCUGGGAUGUGGGAGACCCACAUUCAAAUCCCUGCUCCACCUGAUUCGGAGCUGAACUUUUCAUCCCAAAUCGCACAGCAAGGACUUGAACCUGGGUCUCCUAGGCUCCAGCACACACACUUCCUGAAUCAAAAAGCUCAGGUUUUGACCCGAAAAACAGACAUUUUGACACAAUUCUAUGUGGAUAAAAAUGUUCCAAAUGAUCUGUUUUUGUUCCAGUAUGGAAGGAAAACAACUCUCAAAAACUUGAAAGUUGCUGCAAAAGAGAAUUGUCCUCCUCCAGCCAGCUCUGCACUGGCAUCUGCAGAACUUUGGGGGCCACCUUGGAGCUGCUCUGAGCACACCUUGGAGUUCUUCCUGAGGCAAGUUCUGCAUGCAAUGCAGCUGCAGGAGCAGACAUGCUAUCCUCCAGUGCAGCGUCAACCCACAGAAUUGUGGCGCUACAGCUUAUUGGGGUUCUUAAACUUCAUCGCACUUCAACCCACUUCUGACAAUGAAAAUUACUGCACGACCCCAGGAGGGGGGACUGAAAGCUGAGCCUGCCUAAGCCCCACCUCCCUACGCGGGGGAGGGGGGAUGGGGUGGCAAAGCCCCACCUCCCCAUGUAGGGGAGGGGAGUGGGGGGUGGCCUGUAACCUGCGCCCCACCACCCAGGGCUGAAGCCCUUGGACCUGGGUAGUGGGGCUUGGCCUUCGGCCCUGAGCCCCAGCAAGUCUAACGCCAGCGCUGGCGACCCCAUUAAAAUGAGGUUGCGCCCCACUCUGGUGUCCCGACCCACAGUUUGAGAACCGCAUUUGAUAGCUACAUCUAUAAAUAACAAACAUAAAUGUUAAAUAACUGCAGGAAGGUCCCUCCGGUAAGCGCUCCAUUGUUUUCCGUUUGUAAGUCAUGCAUCGUUUCCCCUUGUCACUUCUUCAUUUUUGUGGUUUAUUGAAAUACUCUCUUUUAAACAGCCCCGCAGUUCCAGCACUGGAGCCAGUGUUCUUGUCAGUCAUCUAUAUUUUCUACAGCAUGUACCUCCCCGCUUACACCUUCCCAAGAUUUGAAGCGGAGGUUAGUUUUAAACAACAGGGGAUGUGCCAUGGGAAGGACACUGCAAAGUUUGUUAACUCUGCUGGAUUUUGCUCCUGUUUCAAAGAACAAGAUCAAGAAGGAAAUGCAAAGAAAUAGCCAUUACACGGGACGCUCUAGCACAUCAAAUUAGGCUGGGGGUAACAUUUUCACAAGUGCCAGAGUGAUUUAGGAGCCUAAGUUCCAUUUUCAAAAGUAACUUAGGAACCUAAGUCCCAUUGACAUUCAGUAAGAGUUAGGCGCCUAAGGCAUGCAGCCACUUGUGAAAAUGUUGCCCUAGGUCUACACUAGUUUCAUUCCUAUUUCCCACCAUUGUACUGCUGGUUUCAUUCAGGGGUGUUAGUGUAAACAAUACAUCACAGCCAUGGGUGCUUUAGUUUACUGAGAGUUCCAAAGUAGCCUAGGGGCAUUAGGUGCCCAAGUCUCACUGAAAAUCCCAGCGUUAGCCAUCGUGGCUUCUAAUCCUCCUCCGAGAUAGCUCCCUUGUAGCGAUGGAUUAACCCAAACAGUGUAGAUAGGUUAGCUUCAUAUGGUACCAGCAUUCCAGCCAUCACCCCGCAGCCACCAUUCUAUUAUCUCCAAGUGUGUUCAGACACAGGUGUUGAUAGCUGGGUUCUAGGACUCACUCCGGAGAAUUUUCUAGUUUCUCCCCCCCUCAAGAACCACCUUAUAACAAUGGUAUAAAGCCUAAGGAGGGGUAGAUUCUGCCGCAAAGUCUGGCUCACAUUGUACGCAGAGUAAACAAUCCCUAUAGACAGGGCAACGGCGAGAGAGCCCUGCUAGCAGCAACCAUGUUUGAAGUCAGUCGGAGAGAGCACAGUUUUGAUCCGUGGGUGGGCAAAUACGAGAGCCACCACUGUGGUAUAUCUGUGUCUUCUUUACAGAGGCGUCAAAAGCUAUAUCAUUUGGACCUAGAAGCCCCAAACCUCAGCUGCUCCAGAGCUCAGGAGAACAUAAUAACCUCUGAGGGAGGGGUAAUUAUGCUGGCUGGGGUUUGCCUUCACCUGCCCUGUCAGACCUCCUUUGCCAGAGGGGGGUGACACAGAGCUGGCUGUAUGCCAGCCAGCCAUUCCCCCCUAUGAGGGGAAUACUCCGCUGCAUGUUUAGAGCCUGGGCAAGGCUCUUUGGCAGAAGGUGGUGCAAAGUGGCCCUAGCAUGGGCCAGGAUCCAUGCCCAGGAACCUGAUUCUCCUCUAGUGCUGGUUUGACACCAAUGUAAUCCCAUUGAUGAUAGGGGAAUUACUUGUGAAUUACAGUGGGGUGCGAUCAGACUCCACACCAGAAACUCUCCUCGCUCAAUAGCUGCUAUCAUUUUACCUUGCUCGCUCUCACAUUUUUGUGCCUGGCCCCAGCCUUUGGAAAAUCAGGACCUCUGUACGUAGCACUGACACUAGACAUGGUCCAAAAUGCCAGGUCCAAUCACAGCCCAGCAAUGGGGGACGUUUAGAUCCAGAGCCCAGGCCCGGCCCAUCCCUAAUCAAACAGGAUUCUGCCAUUAGCACCUGAUUUCUAUCCUGGUCCACAGUCUGAAAAGCCAAACUGUCUUUGCUGCUGCUAUCUGCAUCUGGCAGCUUAGCUCUUUUUAGGAUGCCCCCUUGCAAGAUGGGGAUUGUUUUAAGAAGGGUCUGAAGUGAGUCCAAUGUUUUAAUAAUAGACACCACUUCCUUUAACUGAAACAAACUCGUUUCCCCCUAUAUUUAGAAGCUUGUUUCACUGCUCUGCCCUGGGGAGCUCAUGUUGUCAUAAUGGCCUCAGUGUCGUGCUUCUGUCUUAUU